AUGCUAGUAGGACAACACGCAGCAGUAGAUACCUUAUACUACGAACGCGUGUCGCCUGUUAGUACGCCUGCUGUACCGCCGCCGCCGCCGACACGCCACACAAACCUGGAUGACGGCGAGUACCCUAACCCUAACCCACUCCAGUCUAUACUUGAGAUAGUUUCCAAAGCUGUGAAAUGUACAGUGUGCCAAUGUACGUUCAACGCCACUGUGCUCUGUGUCGACUACGCGAUUAAGCUAAACAGACCCCUGCAGUGUGCCUGCGGUUGUGUCAUAUGCUCUGUGUGCUACACGAAAUACAAGGGGUGCGCUAUACACAAAGUGCAGUCGAGGCGCGCUACUGUCAAUGUCACUGUCAACCAGCUAGCUAGCGUGGCAGACGCGAAGUGGGAUCUAGAGCUAGACCAAACGGCUGCUUUCAGGACCGAAGGGGAUAAAGGCGUGCAGACGAUCAUGCAUCUACAUAGCAGUGCUCCGACUGUGGACGAAUUGAGAAAUGCUUUCGAGAGAUUAAUCGACAACCAAGACGAGAUGGCUUUCAAGUACUGGCUGAACUCGCCUUUGCCGGAGGCGAUGGCCUACAGAUUUGUGUGCAUGCCACACAUUCCGGGCUUUUGGGAUCACAUCGCCGUGGGUUGCCACACGCCUAACACACAACUCAUGUUGUCGCCCGACGUGUACACGCCACGACUGUUCGAGGUGAACAUGGGCAGUCUACAUUUCCACUGGUGCUGUUUUGUGUUUGUCGACCAGACUAUACUGGCCGUGUGGUGCUCAAGGCAAACCAACACUAGUUUGCCAGAAGUUCUGCCUAUCACAGACAGAACGGACCCGAGAGUACGCCAGUUGACGUCGUCUAAUGGGUUCAACUCGAUGCUAUAUUAUCUACACAGAUGGAUCCGCGUACACUACGGUAAAGGCGAUGCUGAUGUCGUUGAGGUUGUGUUUGACUGUAUGCCUUCCGAGAGCUCAACCUUUGUGCAUUUCAUCUCUACGCUGGCAGCUAAAAGUUCAGCCUCGUCUGUGUUCUCGCCUGCGAUUACACAACACAGAACGGAGACAGACUUACAUUACACCAUCGACCACAGAUACCCAGAGCAACUAUUCAGUCACCCUCCAAAUGAUUUAGACGGGGGCGUCAAAAUUGACAUCAGACAAGAGUUUGGAUCUCACCACGAAGUGGGAUUUGAAAUGCUACCGAAGCUUUACUUUACUAACAACGACCACAGGGCAUACACUUGA